AUGCUGCCCAUCAUUAACUCCAACGGGGAGAAACUGUGGAAGAAUGUCCAGAAGAAAGUGGAUAACGGUGAACCCAUAGCUAUGAAAGACUUAUUUGGGGCCUACAGCAUGGACGUCAUCACCAGCACUUCGUUCAGCGUUGACGUCGAUUCCAUGAACAACCCCAACGAUCCUUUCGUCACACAGAUCAAGAAGUUCCUCAAGUUCAGCUUCUUCAGUCCACUCUUUCUUCUCCUUGCUCUGACUGACAAGGAGAUCAUCGCACAAGCCAUUAUCUUUAUUUUUGCGGGGUACGAGACCACCAGCUCCUCCCUCAGCUUCCUGUCUUACUGCCUGGCCACCCACCCGGAUGUUCAGCAGAGGCUACAAGAGGAGAUCGACGAAGCUCUCCCUGACCAGGCCACGCCCACCUAUGACGCCAUCCUUCAGAUGGAGUACCUUGACAUGGCAGUGAAUGAAACCCUCCGGCUCUUCCCCCCAGGGGCACGGAUCGAGAGGGUCUGCAAAAGCACCGUGGAGAUUAAUGGAGUGACUAUCCCGGAAGGAACCGUGACCGUGAUCCCUGCUUACGUCUUGCACCGUGACCCCGAAUAUUGGCCGGAGCCGGAAGAGUUCAGACCUGAGAGGUUCAGUAAGGAGAACAAGGAGACCCUCGACCCCUACGUCUUCCUGCCCUUCGGAGCGGGUCCGAGGAACUGCAUCGGGAUGCGCUUCGCUCUCCUCACCUUGAAAGUGGCCGUCGUCGUCCUGCUGCAGAGAUAUACUUUCCGAACCUGCCAAGAGACUCAGGUCCCCCUGGAACUGGACACCAGAGGCUUCAUGCAGCCGAAAAAGCCCAUUGUGCUGAAGAUGGUCCCCAGAGUCCGCGCCGAACCGGAGGAAUAGAUGAAUCAGAAGCGCCUCAGAUGCUGCUGCCACCAGCUCCCAAUUCCAUGACUCUUGGCCCUCGCCUCACGUGGGAGUCGUAGCGGAGCUGAAACAGAAGAAGUUGCAGAUUUACCCCAUCAAGAUCUGGCUCUGCUUACUGCGCCGGACUUUCUAGACUUUUUAUUUUUGCCCGGAUGGUCUCUUUCAGCACCCAAGAGCCAGCGUGGUGUAGUGGUUAAGAGCGGUGGGCUCCAAUCUCCUCCACAUGAA